GGAAUCCCUUCCAUCUUCUCGCAAAUCCUUCUCUUCCAUGCAAACCAUCUGAAAUAUGCAGAAUGUUGCAACGUAACCGCACCCUUACUGGCUGUGGGACCUGUCGCAGUCGUCAUGUAAAAUGUGAUGAAAGUCGUCCGGUGUGCCAGAAGUGCCAGCACCAGGGUUUGACAUGUCUGGGCUACGAACGCCAACUGAUGUGGGCCAAAGAUGGCCUACAAGACAGUCCUCAGGAUCCAGAUCGGGUUUUCCGCCGACCAUUAUUCUCUGUGGAGGACCAAGAGCGGAUGACGCGAAUGACUGUCGAUAGUCUCGGUCGGCAAUCCGCGACUGCCGCGUUGACCAAGCUAGAUGGUGAGCACGGACGAGCUGAAUCACGCUGGGAGCAUGAUUCAUUCCGAGGUCCUUUCGGAGUCCUGAAGCUACCACCGAGCGUGGCAUCUCCAAGUGGCCACGAUGCAUCUCAGCCAGACCCGGCCGAGUCAUCCCAGGCGGACUGGGACUUCCUCUGGCCUCCAUUGGACUCCGCUCCUACCAUUGCAGAGGAUGACCAUUUGUUUGAUGGGCUCUAUAACAUAGCUGAAGAUGUGGAAGACGUGCCCAGAGCAGACCUGUCGUUAGAUAUUGACCCUAUCCCCAAUAAUCUGGAGGUGCUAUUGCCAGACGCUCUAGGUAUCAUUUCCGAUGGAUUUCUCAGUCAACAGACUUCCCUCCCAAUGUCUCUAAUACCCAAUCCCUCCCUUGCACUGUCAAGGAGCAAGUAUAUUCCAUCACAGGCCCCUGAACUACUCCGAUAUUUCAAAGAGAACAUUAUCUCCCUAUCAUUCCCGUUGAAGAAUUGUCAAAAAUGUCCCUGGCAGGCCAUCCAUCUUCCCACCGCAAUGAGUACAUACGCAGAGCUCAGCAUCCACCAGACCGCUAGCCAUACCAGGCUCUCCCUAUUCUACUCACUGCUUGCCGCCAGCUGUCUCCAUAUGUUUUCACGCAAUCCAAAUGCCGUAGACCUGAACAUGUCGUCAAAGGGGUUCACACAAAUAGCCAAGCAACAUCUCGAGGUGGCCCUCAAUGAGGAAGUUCUUGGAUCAAGACGUGCAAAGUAUAAGGAACUGUUAAUGGCUGUUCUCUCGAUGGUCAUGCUCUCGAUAUUCCACGGAGAAAAUUCCAAUGCUCAAGCCUUCUUAGUCGACGCGGAGUAUCUCAUUCGCAUACGAGGGCUACCCAAGCCACACAAGUCACUCAAAGUUCGCUCUCUUCACCAUGUCUACACAUACAUACGUAUCAUGGCUGAGAGCACGUGCGGCUGCGCACUCCUUGAUAUAUGCCCCGACCGCCCUAGUUCCAGUUUACUUGCGAUUGAAUCCUCGCCUCUCUCCCUACGCAGCUUCCGUGUGGCGCGUGACAGCCUGGACGAAGAGAUUGAUCUCACCUUGGAGAAAAGCGACGAAGUUGGCCACAACGACAUCCAUUUGGAAGUGAUGGGCCAGUGGAAAGACACGCUCUACCCGGAUAUCUAUGGAGUUCCGGAAUCAUUGAUGACUCUUCUGUCGCAGACAAUCCGUAUUGCCAACGAACGUGAGCUACUACAUCGCAACACUACGGUAGACAUGAACAUACUCCAGGACCUGGAAAAACGCGCAAGCCUCCUCGAGCAGUACGUUCUAUCCUGGGUGCCACCAUCCCGCCCCCAGCCCUCCUUAAUACGUCACACGGCCAUUGAGAAUAGCGAGGAUAGCGACCACAAUACAUCCCAGCUAUUGAUGCGAGCGAUGCACCAAGCCCUAAUUCUAUUCUACUAUCGUCGGAUUCCUAACAUAAGCGCCCUGAUUCUCCAAGAUACUGUCCGGAAAUGCCUGGAUUUCCUGCAGCGCAGUGACAACGCACGUGCUGAAAGCGUGCCGAAUGAUACAGCAAUCCUUUGGCCUGGCUUUGUAGCUGCCUGUGAGGCAUUGGAUCCCGACUUGCAACGCGGGUUACUAGACUGGUUGGUAUCCACCGGCCAUCGUACAUCUCUCUCUUCUUUUUCGGCCGCAGCCAAGACUGCACAGAUGGUUUGGGAAGCGCGUGACAAGGCUAAGGAUUAUACGCUGAGUUGGUUUGAUGUUAUGAAGCAUGAACGAUGUCCGAUUAUUGCAACUUGAUAUUUUCCUCAUUGGUUGAUGAUUAUAAAUGAAUUAAUGAAUAUUAUGAAUAUCUUCGUUUGAAUAUCGGUCAUAACCAUAUGAUAGAUAGUUUGAUCUGGAUCCUAG